UAUAUGUGUUGAAAUUGCAAACCCACACACUAUGAGGCACGUAUUGCCGGUCGUUAAAAUGAGCAAGAACUAUGGGAUAGUUAAACGGAAACAUACACCCCCGUAUAAACAGCUGCCUUUGCUGCUGUUAUAAGACUAUUCUUUAAUAGAAAUGUGUUUUAUAUAUAGACUGGACGUUGUUGUAUUCUUGACGCUACCCAAAAAAGUUCGGUUAAGCUAUCCUGAUAGAACUGUGAUGCGCCUCGACCGUACUUUUUUCUACAUUGAACAAGCUGGCCGUCUGUGGAGUCAAGAUAACGCUGAUAUGCUACAUAGUGAAGGAUCUUCUCCAUCUGUGGCGGCUGAAAGUGUUGGGGUUCAUGACAAUCGUAACAUUGUACUCUUCACCUACGUUGAUAAAAUGCUGCCUGUCAGUGAUCCGCAUACUACUGAUGCCCAGUGCUUGAUAAAUAAGCUAUCGGAACCCUAUGAUAUGGCUACACUCGAUACUUUCUCCCAUGUAGUCGAAUUCCGCGUUGUACAACGUAAUACACACAUACACCGACUACUUGAGACGUUCCAUGCUACUGACCUUCCAAUCAAACAUACUCCGUGUGUACUGCUCAUCCUAAAUCGUUCAAUUUACUUGAGUUUGAAGAUAAAUAUUAGAGCUUCCUUGGUAUCCUUCGGGUUGGCACUAUCAGGGCGCGAGUCGGU